AUGACUUCUCAACUUUCCUCUUUAGCUACUCUACUACUUUUAGGGUCUCUCCUAGCCCCAGUCAACUCUAGCAAUCUUCCUGCUCAAGCGCAGUUGAUCGACCAAAAAGCCUUCAAUGUCCUAGACACGACUCAGCCCUCAAGCAAAUUUAAUGCAAAGAGUCUAUUUGUUCCCCCAGGGUCAACAGGAGAGAGUCUAGCCCGGCAACCUUUCCAUGUAUACGAUAAGGAAUUUCUGAAGAUCAUUGGAGAAGCUCCAACUUUAACCAGGAUCGCACACUCCCCAAAAGACCCUUUAUUUCAUGAGGCGGUUGUAUGGUCUAAGGAAACAGACGAGGUGUUCUUUGUCCAAAAUGCAGGUGCUAAGGACGCCAGCACCGGUCUAGAAAAGUCGGCUAUCAUUGAGAAGAUUUCCCUUGCGGACGCUGCUGCUGUCUCCCACAAGUCGGAUGCCGUAGGUCUUGUUGAUGUAAUCACCGUUCCCUCGUCGCCAAUGGUUCUCAAUCCGAAUGGAGCUACCAAUUACCGGGGACAGAUCAUAUUCACCGGGGAGGGCCAAGGGGACAAUGAACCACCUGCUUUGUGGGUCAUGAACCCGAAAAGUCCAUUCAACACUACAAUUAUCCUGAAUAACUACUUCGGCCGACAAUUCAAUUCCCUAAACGAUGUAGCUAUCCACCCGGGAAACAAAGAUAUCUACUUUACAGACACGAUCUAUGGCUAUGUACAGGACUUCCGUCCUGCACCCGGUCUACAGGAUCAAGUUUACCGGCUCAACCCCGAUACAGGUGCCGUGACAGUUGUCGCGGAUGGAUUUGAUCACCCUAACGGAAUCACUUUCUCUCCGGAUGGCAAGUACGCAUAUAUCGCCGAUACCGGAAUCGAUAGUGGCUUUUUCGGUCUUGACUUCACCCGUCCUGCUUCUGUCUACCGAUUUGAUGUGAAAGCUGACGGUACCUUCGAGAAUCGGAAGACCUUUGCCUUUGUUCACUCUGGUGCACCUGAUGGUAUUCACUGUGAUUCAUGGGGUAACGUAUACGCUGGCUGUGGCGACGGUGUCCAUGUCUGGAACCCAUCUGGCAAGCUCAUCGGCAAGAUCUAUCUUGGAUCUGGUACGGCGAAUUUCAACUUCGCUGGAAAAGGCAGAAUGGUUAUCUGCGCCGAGACAGACCUUUACUACGCCACGUUGGCCGCGGCCGGAAGUUAUGUUGACAGUGAGAUGUGA